AUCUCUAAUAAAAGCAGUGUGGUUUGCCGGGGGGCUGUUGCUGAUGGAAACUACUCUGUGGUGUGAGUUUCCUGUUUUAAGUUUGCUUAUGGUUUGUUCUUGCCGUUGCGUGUGGGAUGCAUCUUAGACAGCCUUCUGUUUUAUAUUUACCGUCAUUGUUUUGGCAUGCUGUCCUUACUUGUAGGGAGCACCCCGGGUACAGGGAUCGGCUUCAAACCUUAACUUCACCAAAGUGUCUUUGAGCAAGAUCUUGACCAGUUGCUGUUCUGAAGCAGAUCCGGAUGUCCAGUAAUGGACUUUAAUGCAUAUUGUGUCGUGCGGUAAUUUGACGUUUUUAUAGUGACAACAUGAUAAUUUAGCAGCGGGUUACUUUACACUUUUUGUUUCUUAUCCUCCAAUCAGUCACCCGUGACUUAUGGAGUAGACUACACAGCCUUCGUCUCUCUGUGUGUGCCACUUGCUCUCCCUUAAUCACAGCCUCACUGUCCCCCAAAGGAGCCCUCUUUCUUUCUCCCAAUGGUAGAACGACCUGUAAUCACAGACAGAACGUGCUCCUUUCCACCGUCUUGUCCAGCUCGUCGUCGUCUUCUCAUCCCGGAUGUCGUAGAUUGGCCCGCUGUGACUGAGGUGCACGAUACAGACACCGACCUGAGCCCCGGAGUGUGUACCAAGACAGUGAGAGUGCAUUUCCUCUCUCCCCAUGAGGCCCCGGUGAUCGCUCCGUCAUCUAUCAUCUCAGAAAGCCCAUCUACACUAGAUAAGGAUCCUGCUCCAGCAUGAGAUUUGCUGCUCAAUCGGACACAUCUUUAUCAGGCUAAAGUGCUUCAGAACCAGAGAAAGCUUAAUAGACAAAAUAUGUGCUGUGGUUGAAGGCUGCUGUUCAGUAUCUGGAUUGUAAAGAUAGCCCAUGCUUAAUGAUCUAGGAGUAAAUUAAAAGACGGUAAAGAGUAUGCACGCAAACAUUAUUUAAACAACUUCACUUUAUGUGAUGUUUGUGUGAUGAAAUGUUUUGUCCACAUAUUAUUUACGAAGCACUUACAAUUAUGUAAUUAUAUUUGCCAGAGAUAUAUUACGAAAUGCUGAAACAAUUAGUAGAUUAAUCAAUCUAUUCACUGAGAGAAAAAUAAUUUUUAUACUUAGCUUUACUUAUUGGACAAAAACAAGAAACAUUCUUCAGUUUCAGUUUCUCUCUUUUUACUUGUAUACUGAAUAUCUUUUGGACCGUUAUUCUGACAAAACAAGACAUUUAAAGAUGUCACAUUGGGAACUUUCUUGUAUAUGUUUCAUCCCAAACCAUCGGCACUAUUCUGUUUUGUAUGCCCCGUGUGUGUGUGAAGUCCUUCACAGACACAGCGCUAAACAUCUAUCAGCAGUGACCUCUGGACCACUUCAUCUUUUAAUGCAUUGUCCCCUCAGCAGAGAUACAGACACAACCCAUGACCAAAGGGCAGACUGCCAGAGAGAGGGCAUCUCAGGCUAGAGCUUCCAGCCCUCUUUACUGUGGAGCAGUUGAUACAAAUAUUGAAAUGGGAGGGGAGACGUACCGCAGUGUCCAUUUGAACCUGGACGAUCCCCAGCACCCACACGGAGGAUGCCAGAUGCUUCCUGACGAUACCGCUCCCCCCUUCAGAUAGCUUCAUUUCCUACACCGUGGCCUGUCGAUGGAGCUGGGCCCAGUGUACUGUCCUCUGUUUCUCUGUUUGUUGUGAGUACAGGGGACGCUUUCAGGAACACCAUGCAACCACGAAGCCAUUUUUCAGCUUAGCACUGUCCUCCCCGUUCGUCCGUCUAUGCCCCCGGGCUGACCAGGUCCUCCUGGCUUUCUUCCCCCCCCCCACACUCUACUCCCAUCAGCUGAAAGGAGACAGUUAUCGGACAGGGCAAUAGACAGCAGACCUGCACAUUGGCUUCUGUUGUCAUUAAGUGUAAUGCGUUUCGAUUUAGAUGUGUUUUUCUAACCCCGCUCUCCAGUUGUCAGCAUAUUGGAGAACAGCUCCUCAUUGUGUUUGUCAGGGCGCCUUCUGUCUGUUGAAUUGUCUCUGUAGCUUAAAAUGGCAUUUUACAUUUGACUGUGGUAUGAUCCAAUCUGGUCCAUAUUUGUUUAAAGAUGAUCUUUUGAUUUGUGGAGUCCAGAGGAGAUCUUUCUACAUCUCCAUGUUCCCUUGAGCUUGUUAUCUUUGUCUGUCUGAGCGGUGCUCAGCCAUACACGGUAACCUCUGUUCGUGACCGGCAGACUCUGGUCUGUUUAUUAUUCUGAUGCUGGCUCCCCCCAGAUAUCCACGUGUGCUGUUGUUGCACAUGUUGCCGUCUCUCCCUUUACGCCUCGUAAAAAAAGUUCACUCGAGCAGAUGUUUGAAGUGACAUUGAUCUUAAGAACGAGAGGACAGAGAGAAGGCCUAACAUUGGAAAUCAGUCGAAUUUGAUGUGGACCAUAGGAUGUAAUGCAGUCACUAGGACAGUGACAAUAAGCAGUGAAUAGUGGCUACAUGUGUGUUUGAUUAUUGUAGGAACUUUUUCCAAGUGCUGAAAUGAAAAGCUGCAUUAUUUUAGGCCUUUAUCCAAAGCCUUCAGUCACUCCAGUCCACCCAUUCACACGCCGACGGCAGGGAAAGCGAGCUAGGUGCUGGCCUGACCGUCCGGAGCAACUGUGGUUGAAUGUCUUGCCCAAGGGCACUUUGACAAGAGGAGCUGAGGAUUGAACAUUGGGGUUAGUGGACAACUCGCUCUACCGUCUCAGUUGUAGCCGCCUGUUGAUUAGUGGGUUCAUUGAUGGUCCCGCCUCCAAAGUGUUAAGCUUUGUUUAUACUCGGACUUGGCGUCGUAGCACGAGCCUCCGCAGCGCGCUAUGUACGGAGACGUUUAUCCUCCAUGUACUGUGCACUUCAUUAUUCUCCGACAAACUAAAUCUACUGUGUGGAAUCAAAAAUGCAACAAGUGUAACCCAUAGAUAUGUCCAUAGACAGUAAGUGUAACUGGCAAAAGCCAUAAACUAAGCUCCACAAUGCCGAGGAGGGAUUCUUAUUAUAUGUAAACUCGUAUGCAUGGACUAUUUAAUCGGCCUUUGUACAAGCCCUGUAAAGAAAGAAGUCAAGUAUUGCAUGUAUUCUCAGGAAACGAAGGUUGAAUAUCCUGUAAACAAUUUGAUUUGGCCAUCAAAAUAUAUGCUCAAAUGGAAAUGUUUAAGAUCACCGGAUUCUAAAGAAUUUAAAGGUAAAUUGGCCUUCUUUCUAGAAUAGAUAUUUUAUCAGUUAACUAUUUGUGACAGUCAAGUGAAUACGUCAUUUUCUGCUGCGCGCGCCUCUCGCCGGCUUCAUGAGGGCGAGUACAAGCUAAGCUUUAGGUAUUGCUUAUUUUUGGGAACAACUGUGCCCUGUGUGCGUUUAAAUAACUGGCCUGUUGACUUUUCUUUUUUUUUUCCAUACAACAGGAAUCAAACUGUAAAGGUUAACUGUGAACUUGAUGACAUGUUGGAUGUUUAACCUGCAGCUCCUUAACAGGUAAAAAAAAAAAGGAAUCUUUACUUGACUUGCAGCGUUAUUUGUUUUAUUUGACAGUGAUGAGGUUGCACAAACAGUUCAUUAGCUUGCCAUGUAGAAAGGCUCACAUUCUUCGAUUAAAUUACACUGAAACUAAAGUCUGUCUGCAGGAGAUCAGGGCAGCACAUCUACUUGAUAUAUGCAUGUCAGGCUUUGAUUUAGUCUCCCGCUUGUUUAGGCGGGUCUGAUUUAUGUCCUUCAGUAAAGCAGCCUGGAAGUGGGUGCUGCUUGACAGGCUCAGUUCAGGAGGACAUUCUUUCUGUGCACAGAGUACAACAAGAUGCUGAGGAACCAGUCCUACAGACAUUUUGGCCAGAAUUACGUCGAACCAACCUGAUUCAUGGGUAGUUGCCUAACCUGCUUUUUGGCCGUUGGAGAGAUUGCUCGGUAGAUAUCUUGGUUAGAAUCAGAAAAGAACUGCAGACUUUAGCAGGUGGUUUACUGCAGUGAUCCUGUCAUGAAUGCCAUCACGUGGUUUUAGUUUAUGAAGAAGACCGACUGGGUCCUACUCGCAAACUUACAUUCAUGAUGAGUAAUCCACCUGACAUGUAAACGGUGUGUUAGGUGUUUGGAUGACUGUGUAGUAGUUUUACAGGUGAAGCCUCUUUGAUGAUGGGGUGUUGAAAGCUUCUUGCUUUCUGGUCACACCCAUUUUGCACCUGCCGAAUUCCAAUCUGCAUUUUUACUAGUCACGACUUGUCAAAUCAAACUGUUGCGAAAGAGUCUUUGUCCACGUAACAGUCACACCCAUGGUAGACUUAGUCUAAGUCAAAAGAAGCAUUCUUCUCGGGCCAAGCUGUCAAAUAAGAGUUUAGAGUAGUGUGCCAUUCACAGGCUUACACUGAAUCGAGGAAAAGAAAUAAACAUUUUCACACACAGGCACAGCAUCAGAGUAUGAAAUGCUAGAUGGACAUGCCGUACUUGACUGUUUAAUUAAGCAUAAAUAUCAGCUGUGAAUGUGACUUUAAUUCCUCGCAAGACAUGCUGUCAGAGACUUUAUUGCCGCGGUCUGUUUUGUUGUAGAAUCAAGAGGCUGAUCUCAUUGAAACCAGGAGUCAUGCCCAGCUGUUUGCUUUUUUUAGUUCCUCUCCCAGACUAGCUCCAAGCCUUGAAUCGACCCAGCACCCUCUGUUUGUCGCACGGCUUUCCCGUGCUAGCACAUCCACUCCCUGUGCCAGGAGUCACUGUGUGCAUGGCAUGUGUUGGAAGGGUUAUGCCAACGGAUUUGCAGAGUUCUCAGAUGCACACAUGACCAGUGCAUACCUCUGAGGCACAGACGUCUGUCUGAAAGGUGGCAGGAAAAUUAAGAUGCCAUGAAGCAGUCUGGGCAGAACUGUAACCAUUUGCAAAAGCAUGUCAUGUUCAGUUGUUUCAUUGACAAAUGACUUGGCCUGCGGCUAAAAGGAGGUUCACGUCUUGCCCUCGCCUGCAAUCAAAACGUAACAAAAGGCAAAACUAACAAAGCCGUGUUUCCUUGUAGCCCAGAUGAGUAAUGAGACGUUAAGCACAUUUUAAACACAUUCAUGUGUUCGGUACCGCAUCACCGUUGAGUGAUAUCUCCCGGUAAACUAUAUUUCUUCUCGAGCAAGUACCGGAGAGAAUAGCAGGCCCAGAUGCUGUUAAUGUUGGCGGACGGAUGAUCUAUGUUUGACAGACUUUAUUUCCUGCAGAUCACAGGAUAUUGAUUGCCUUUUUAAAGCUGUAUGGCUGAAGAAGAAAGUAAACAGGGGUGCAGUUCAUCCCAGGUGACACUGAAAGGACAGCCAGUGAACAGUGCAGCGGGCUUCACACGGUUACAUCAAGUGGAGAUGAAAGUCCCCCGAGCUUAACUCCCAGGGUUGGCAUCAUAAGAGGAUUUAGUGGGAAAUGUGAUAACAGUAAUCUGGAUUGGAUUAUUGUUGAGAUUAAUGCACCCUUUGGGAGGCAAAUGAGAAGCGAAAACCUCGGGAGACCCUGUUGAUGUAGAAAGAUUACCUUUUGUAUUCUGUGGAAAUAAUGAAUGCGUCCCACACCGAGGAAGCACUUUGUUACAAUAAUGUAGAAGGGUGACGGCACGAGCAGCUAUUGUGUUCAAUUCAAUUUAUAUUCAAGCUGCUGCAUAGAUUAAUAAAUGUGACCGUGUAUGUACGUGACUACUAAAAACGGAAGUUAGACUUCAUAUUGAUCCUUUUCACCAAACGCAGCUCAAGGGACACGACGCACUAAAAAGUCGAGGUAGUUAAAGGCAGUUAUUUAAGAAGCAUUUUUAUUAAAUGUUUGUCGAAAUUCUCUUCCUGACAGCAAUCAAUGUGUAGCUGUUGCAUGCCUGUAAUAAGCUAAUCAUGAUUGGAUGGCCACUAGCGCUGCAUGAUAUAUCGUUUUUAGCAUCGACGUUGAAGCGCAAUAGUCACAUCGCAGGAUGUGCAAUGUCAGCAAAUUCACUCCAACACGUCAUGAUAGGCUACAACUUUUCAUUAUCACUAAGAGCACGUUUCUGACCAAUCGCACCUCUUUAAAAGAACGAGGUCAGCCGCACUUCCUCACUAAGGUUUCUGUCCCUUCCUCGCUCAAAGUUACUCUGAGAAGUCCUAAUUCAAUAAUUGGGAUUCAAAACUAAACUCAGUGCUGUAUUACAUAACCUGAUCUGCUAACGUUUCUAUGCGUCAGGCUCAAGUCUGUCAGUUCAAGAGCGACGACCCUCCAACGGACUGAAGCAAUGAAGUAGCGAGCCUUUCUUAUCCAAAUACAAAGCACACAUUAGGGUUUUGCUUGUGUCAACAUAACGUGCCUUGCUGCUGUGUGAAUACUUGUAACCGUUCUCUGAUUAAAGUCCAUCAGUCCUUUGUGCGUUCUGCUACUCUUUGCUCUGCUGUGACACGCAUUAACAUCUCUUGCAGAUGCGUUAGCCAUAUAUCAUUAUGGUGUCGUUGGGUAUCGUAGCUGUCAAUAAUAAUUCACACCGACCGUGACAGUCAUGCUGUACGCUUUUGUAAAUGGGUAGCUCUUUGGUGAACAAUUAUCAGCACUGGCUCUACAGUAGAUGUUUGUACACUUGGCUUGUUUCAUCACAGUACACAGCUUCAGCUUUGAUUGACCAACAACAGUAUUUGUGUUGGCUUGUUGCUCCAGGGGUUACAAUGAGUUUAUUUUUGAUAUUUUCCAUUUCAAUGUUUGGUUACGAUCCCACCAAUGAUAGAUGAUCUGCCUAGAGGUAUGUGUAGUGUAAUCUUUACAUUGGCUGCUGAGCGUCCCAUGUGUUGAGCCUAGAUUUCUGUUUUUGUUACUUUUUUAAAAUUACAGACGCAUUUCUGGAUCAAAUCCAGCAAUAAUUCAGUCUCCCUCCCCUUCAACACACUUCUUUGCUGAGCCAUUUAGAGUGAUUGUAAUGAAAGCCAUCACGCCGUCUCUAUCUCGUUGAAUGUUUUUCCUUUUCUUCCUUUCGGAGGCUUCGGCUCACUCAUGUGGCUGUUUCCAGGGUAACCACAUUCCCUUUCAAAAUGGACCAUGUCUGUUAUUGGAUACUGUUCCAUCUCCAUGGCAACAAAGCUCUUAAAAUUCCCAGUUAAAUAUAAGAUUCGGUGUCAAACUAAAAGCAAAAUUAAGAUGUAACUUUGGAUAUGUCAUGUUGAGUGACUGAUAAUAACUAACCCCCGAGACAUCGUCUUCAGAGGGAUCUUGAACCAGGCUAGAGUGGUUUUAUUGAACCACGUCUAUAGAAGAGGUGUCCAUCCUCCCUCUCUAAUGGCGUCGGUGUUUAAUCUCUGUCCGUUCCUACCGACCCACCUCUUUCUAAAACACACGACGGCCUUCUCACUACGUGCCUGACGUCCGACACAUUGCGACAUAGCCCGAGGAUGAAGGCGGCAGCUUGUCCUGCUCUCUCAGCCAUCUCCAUCACCACUUUGCCAGAUGACAAGUUAUGAAAUAUACUGUUGAGAGCACAAACGUGGUCAUUCUCAUGAUGCUGUGGAUUUGUAGCCCCCAAUGACCUUUGCAUGUAUUUGGCGUAUUAGUGGAGGGCGUGACUUCCUCAUUGAUUAGCUACUUCAAAACCAUUCAAAUCGUAGCUUUGGAUUAAUUGUUACAGAUGUCGGACCCUCACUCAAGUUCUGCCAAGCUUUUUACAACUGCAGCGAUUGCUCAUUAGCGCCUCUAAUUGGUGGAUUCAUUAAUGUGAUGUGUAACCAGUCAGACAAACUAGAGGACAGAUUGAGUGGGUACAGAUGAAUAGAUGUAGGCUAAUGACUUUACUUUGAAAUGUUCGGCUUUUCUGGGGCAGAUGCAGACAGACGGCGCCAAGCUUUGGACUCUACUCUUCCAGUGUUAAUCCGCAGACUUGUCCCUGAUUUUACUAUUAUUAUUUUUUUUUUAAUGUAAAGUUAAUUGACUGUUAGCUCUUUCUAAUUUGUUGGCAAGCUCAGAAUAUGCAUGUUUAGACUUUAUUCUCCGAAACUCCCAGAGGGCUCACAAACAAAAUGAACUGUGAAGAAUCAAUAAAGAAAACGAGUGUCACCCAUAGAUAUGUCCAUAGACUGUAGGUGUAACUGGAAAAAGCCAUAAACUAAGCUCUACAAUGCUGAGGAGGGAUUAUUACUAUCUGUAAACUCAUAUCUCAUAUUUAUGGACUAAUUUAUUGUCUUUAUACAAGCCCUGUAAAUGAAGAAGUCAAGUAUUACAUGCAUUAUGAGGAAACAAAGGUUGAACAUAAGCUUAAUGUUACGGAUAUCUUUUGCCAGCAGGAACUUUGCACAAAUAAAAGUAAUCACAAUUAAAACAACAUUCAAAAACAAUAAAAAGGGGCAAAUCCUGUACUGUGAAUAUAUUUUUGUGUAAAUGACCAACAAUAGGGUGGUUGUGUUUGUCAUGAUGGUGAUGAUGCAUUUUUCGUGCACUUAACCCUCCAGACAGGAGACAAUGCACUGAGUUCCUUUCCUGCAUGUCUGGAGUAUUCCUUAAAGAAUUGUCCUUUCAGCACGGCCUGAAUGGUCAGAAAUCUGCUGGCAUCCUCCAAGCAAACUGAUCGUUUUUGUUUCCUUCUUUGGCAGUAGAGCAAGAAGACGGUUUGCUUAGUUUUUACCAGCUCUCCCUCAAGGUUUAUCUCGGUUGUGACUGUUCCUCUUUACAGCACACACAGAGACAACAUUCCCUCUGUUAACAAGGAUUACUAAACAGUAUUCAACACAUCUGUUGAAGACCCCUAAAACCUUUUCUUUUGUGGUGCUGAGGGUUGUAGAGUGGAUGCCCUGUUCGCUUGUGACUAACACAAGUUGUGUCCAUUGACUCAGUCAUCGUCCAACACGACGACGUUGGGAUCCUCCAGGCGAGUUUUUAACUGGAGAAAUGUUUGUGCGGCUCAGUGUUGUCCUGCCUGCAGCUCCCUGCUGAUGUCCCCGACAACCCAGUGUUGUUUUUUUGCUGAGUUCAGUCUCACUCCAGAUGUAGAGAAGCAGCAGGACUGUCCACUCAGAUGGGAUAAUGGCACGAGUUCUAGAUGGUGUGUUUGUCACAGCUGAGACAUUGUUGGAAAACGGCUUAAAUAUUGUGUGCGUCCGAUUCAGAGCUAGUCUUCUUUGUUUUGAAUAAAAAAUAGUUAACUGCCUUAUGAGUCCUUUCAAAAGUGCACUAACACAUUUGUAAGCCUUUGUGUUCUUUGCUUGGGUCUCAAAUAUUUGAUCGUUUUCCCAUCUCCAGCCGAUCAGGUGAGAGCAGAGAGUCUGUGCACUCGCUAACGGUACGCCAGACUUGCAAUACCCGGGCGUAAACCCUGACCGAGUAUGCCAGGCAGAGACGCAGCAAAUAGCUCAGCAGCUAAACUAAUCGAUGCAGCGGAGACUUAUUGGGGAAAGUGGCUGCAUGUGUCCACGACAAUGCAUGCAUACUAGGUAUCGGGGUACUUUCACUAGUAGAAGUGCAGUAUCGCGCCCUCACCGGUGAUGGUAUUGGUGCAGCUCUAGCUAGAACCCCGAUUAGCACAUAUCAGCAAAUCUAAGUAAAUGCUCCAGGCCCAUAUUUACAACUUCUCCAUCCGCUAUUGUGAAGGAACCCAACAUGGCAAGCCUAAAUAUAGUUUGGCUUGGUUUCUCACAAUAACUGCUUUUGGCAUAGAUCAGCGGAUGUAGCUGCCCUCCCAAGGUGUUGCCAUCUGAGGGCUGAUUAGAUAGGGGUGGGGGGGUAGUGAGAUGAUGUCCACCAGCAACUUAUAAUACAUUCUACUUGGAGAAAAAAAAUCAAUGAAUAUUGCCUUGAUGCAUUUCAAUAGGGGCAGUACAGUGUGACAUUUUGAAAAAAGCUUGAGUGCAGCAUUUCUGUAACAGUAGUUUUAAAAUAGUGUUGAACACCUUCAUGGUUUACAGACAGGGUGACCACAACUGUGGACCUCUGUCGCCUUAUUACAGCCAUCGGUGUCACUUUAAGCGUCCUCGGCUCAUUCACGACCCGUAGUCAUCGUUACUCUGCAUUGAUUUUUAAAUGGCGGUCAGUCAUGUACUGCAGUCCGAUGGACUUAGUGAAUAGCCGCAAUACAAAUCCACCAACCAGCUCCACUUCUUUUUCUUCAUCAUUCGAUGUAAUUCAGCCUCCGUGCAAAACAAAUGGUGCUUCUCCUGCAGGAGUCAGUACUGCAUCACGGUUCAGUGCAUACAAUGACUACUAUACCUAUACCUGCACUAACAGGAGGCACUUUGGAGAGGGAUAUUCAGAUUAUUUUUUUUGCCCUGAAGUUUAUUCUAGUAAAAGUCACUUGACAAAAGUAUUUGAUACAGAUGGAUCUUCAGCAACAACAAAAAAGGAAUCAAAACUUGAAGUUGCGAUUUCUCCCUUUAUUUCAAUAGAUGAGGAGAUGAACAAGAGCCUUUAUGUAAACACUUGUUAUUGUGAACCUUGGCUCAACUCACAGUGCUUGUUUCCAUUCCUCAACAGCCUUCCUGAAAACAUGUUUACCACAUGUUUGUUUAGUUUCCCUUGUGUGGAAUCAAUGGCGCUGCUCUGCUGACCCCAAACUCAAUCCAGUAGACCAGCCACAAACAGCCUGUGCCCCACCUCUAUGGGACCUAAUGUGAUUACAGUAAUAACCACCUGCACCGUAGGACGUUUAAUGGGAUUAUGACAAAUUGUCUCAAUAGAACAGAUUACAACCGUAUAUGUGUGUCUCUAUCCACUUACUGUCAAGUCAAACGGUAUUAACACUUCCUUAACUUCGUGGCUCGUCUGGAAUGCAAGGAGUUCAGUGUUUCUUACGGGCUUGCUGUGUACAAACAUUUCGAAGACCAGGUUUUAUUUGGGCAGACAGACACUUGCCCCUAGGGCCAUCAGCUGAUGUUUGUCCAGUAAUCCUCCACGAUUCUGGCUAUUUGAACUUUGAGGUUUUUACUACUAAGCUAAGCAUUGCUGGUCAGACAGAAGAACCCUUGGCUGUUUGCUUAUUUCCUCUUUCUCUAUCCGUCUCUUCCAGUUGUCCGUUCCUUGCCCUGAAGCUGACCCCAGUCAUCCCGGUCAUAGGAGGUGUACUGUUUCUGUUUGUGUUGGGGACGCUCCUGAGAACCAGCUUCACUGACCCAGGGGUGCUGCCCAGGGCCACCCCAGAUGAAGCCGCUGACCUGGAGAGGCAAAUAGACGUGGUGAAUGGCGGUACAGGCUACAGGCCUCCUCCCAGGACCAAGGAGGUGGUCAUCAACGGCCAGACGGUCAAGCUGAAGUAUUGCUUCACCUGCAAGAUCUUCAGGCCGCCGCGGGCCUCCCACUGCAGCCUCUGUGACAACUGUGUGGAGCGCUUUGACCACCACUGUCCCUGGGUGGGGAACUGCGUGGGAAGGAGGAACUACCGUUUCUUCUACAUGUUCAUCCUCUCGCUCUCCUUCCUCACCGUCUUCAUCUUCUCCUUUGUCAUCACACACAUCAUUUUACGCUCUCAUCAAAGCGGGUUCCUCAACGCACUUAAAGACAGUCCUGGCAGUGUGCUGGAGGUGGUGGUGUGUUUCUUUUCGGUCUGGUCCAUAGUGGGCCUCUCCGGCUUCCAUACCUACCUGAUCAGCUCCAACCAGACCACCAAUGAAGAUAUAAAAGGUUCAUGGUCUUCUAAAAGAGGGAAGGACAACUAUAACCCCUACAGCCAUGGCAAUAUAUUCACCAACUGCUGUGCAGCACUGUGUGGACCCCUGCCACCAAGCCUCAUUGACAGAAGGGGCUUCAUCCAAUCAGACGCGCCACAGCUGGCACCACCAACCAAUGGCAUCACUAUGUACGAGGCCACCCAGUCUCAGCUGAGCCACAUGUGUGACCAAGACCAGUGCAUUCAGAGCACCAAAUUCGUUUUGCAGGCCGCCACCACACCUCUCCUCCAGCAGCAGAGCAGCGAGCCAGUCGUCCUGACGGCCUCCCCUGAAAACGGAUGCUCUGUACCCGGACGCACCUCCCUCGGCCAGCCCACCCCUCCGACGUCCACCCCCAGCCUCAGCUGCCACGAGGCCACAGAAAUGCUGCCAAUCCACGGACAAUGCCACACACACAACCACAGCCAUCCCCUCCAAGAGCCGAUGGCCCACCACCACUUUCUCACCCCAGAGGAAAUGCCCUCGCCGCCAGGUAUGCUUCCCUGCGGCAGCCCGCUGGGUCACAGCCACACUAUACAGGCCGGCUUCUACAACCCAGCCAGCCAGGACUCACUACACGAGGACUCUGUCAGAGGAUUGGUAAAGCUCAGCUCUGUCUGACAAUGGGAUAUACCCCCCCCCCCCUUCCCUCUAGAAACAUGUCUAGCCCAUGGAACUGCCACGUUUGGACCGGCUCGCUCUCCCCCUGAAUCAGCUUUCCUUUCUCUCCUCAGCAGGACUUGAGAACUGAAAGAGGCUGUGGUUUGAAUCAGCUGCUAGAAACUGAAUGGAAUUGAACUGAACCGAAGUGAAGACCAGUUGUCCUCAGCCAAUGUCUUGCCAGACCUCUCCGUUGGAGCAGGGAGAGAUGUUUUCUAGGCUGGUGGCCUGUGUGACAGCUCCGACAUAUGCUUCUCUUCUCCUUUCUUUUUCUUUUUUUUUACUUAAAGGGAAGCAUAUUCCAUUACCUCCUGCAAACUGGACACAGAGGAGUUUCUUUCUCAAAGUGGCAUAUGUCUGUGAGCCAUGUCAGGCUACAACUAACUGUUUAGACAGUACAUGACAUUUUUGGUCAGAAUGCUGAAUUUCUGUCGAUGGAUCGCAGGUCUGACGGGUUAUUUUGUAAAACAAACUUUAGCCGUUUUGCCUGUUGCUGAUUGGACGGUAUCUUUUGCCUUUUUUUCUUAGACAUUCUCAGCAGUGCAAUGGUUGAUGUCAUCAUGUUUCAUAUCAUCCUGCUUUUUCUAUGUAAAAAAAAAAAAAACCAAGAGACUGUUGUACUGUACCACGAUUAUUACAAAUCUUACAAAUUAUUAUAUUUCUUGUGGAUAUUAAUAAAACAUCAACUUUUAUCA